GACUGGUGGCCGUGCAUAAGCAUGUGGGGGAUGAUCCUCGCUGAACAUUCCUGCGCCAAGGGUCACCGGCCCGACCUCUCUGACCUUUCAGACGGGCCGACCGACGACGACGGAAUAAUAAUAAUAAUAAAAGUUCGGUUCGUUUGAUUUUCCCUUUUCUCGCGGCUUCUAAUUUUUCUCCCUGUCCAAGUUCCGCUCGCUGAAAGAAGAGAAACAAAAGAACCCACCACAUUGCAGAGUUCUCGCCCGACCCGCUACUCUCUCCUUUUUCCUCGGAAUCCUUCCGCUGACUCCCUACGCUCCUUUUUCCCCCAUAUUUACUUUGAUUCCCUCUCCUUCGGCAUCCCAACCCUCACCGCCGAACAAGGUGUGAUAUUUUUUGAGUGAAUUUGGAGCUUCUUCCGAGGAAAGCCAGCCAUGGUGCUGUUUAGAUGCCUCUCCCGUCUUUCCACUCUCCGUUCCCGCACUGGUAAUGAUUGUUUGAACUUUCUGUGCGAUGAUUACUGUCAGGUUCAACAGCCUAAUAAUCUCGGCUCCGUUAGAUGGCUUCAAAUGCAGACCUCCACUGAUCUCGACCUGCACUCCCAAUUGAAAGAGUUGAUCCCAGAACAACAGGAGCGCCUUAAAAAAAUUAGAUCGGAUUACGGAAAAGUUCAACUAGGAAACAUCACCACUGACAUGGUAAUUGGUGGGAUGAGAGGAAUGGUUGGAUUGCUAUGGGAGACCUCACUGCUAGAUCCUGAAGAGGGAAUUCGCUUUAGAGGUCUCUCAAUUCCCGAGUGCCAAAAGGUGUUACCGGCUGCACAGCCUAAUGGAGAACCAUUGCCUGAGGGUCUUCUUUGGCUUCUUCUUACUGGAAAGGUGCCAAGCAAGGAGCAAGUUAAUGCGCUAUCAAAGGAAUUGCGAGAUCGUGCUACUGUCCCAGAUUAUGCAUUUAAGGCCAUUGAUGCUCUCCCUGUCUCAGCUCAUCCAAUGACUCAGUUUACAACUGGUGUCAUGGCCCUUCAGGUUUAUCUUAAUGCUGGCCUGUUUCUUGUCUUUUCUGUUCUUAGGUGUUUGUUUCUCUGUCUCCUGAAACGGUUGGUGACAUUCCCAAAUGGUCUCUUCCAGGUCCAAAGUGAGUUUCAGAAAGCAUAUGACCAGGGUAUUCACAAAUCGAAGUACUGGGAGCCUACAUUUGAAGAUUCUCUUAAUCUGAUUGCUCGUCUUCCAGCAGUGGCUGCUUAUGUCUAUCGAAGGAUAUUCAAGGAUGGAAAGAUCAUACCCCUGGACGAAUCUCUAGAUUAUGGUGCAAAUUUCUCGCAUAUGUUGGGAUUUGAUGAUCCCAAAAUGCAUGAGCUUAUGAGGCUUUAUGUUACAAUCCAUAGUGACCAUGAAGGUGGUAAUGUUAGUGCACACACUGGCCAUCUGGUUGCCAGUGCACUUUCUGAUCCUUACCUUUCAUUUGCUGCUGCAUUAAACGGUUUAGCUGGACCCCUUCAUGGCUUGGCAAAUCAGGAAGUUCUGCUAUGGAUAAAAUCCGUUGUGGAGGAGUGCGGUGAAAAUAUAAGUAAAGACCAAUUAAAAGAUUACGUGUGGAAGACAUUGAACAGUGGAAAGGUGGUUCCUGGAUUUGGGCAUGGAGUCCUGCGAAAAACCGAUCCUAGAUACAUGUGCCAAAGAGAGUUUGCAAUGAAGCAUUUGCCCAAUGAUCCACUCUUCCAGCUGGUUUCUAAGCUCUACGAUGUCGUACCUCCAAUUCUUACUGAGCUGGGCAAGGCGAGUGCUCGAUCUAUCCAAACUCAAUUAGAAACCACAGAGCAAGGGGCUACUUCUUCCAACAAUCAAUCUGGCGAUUUAACUAAUUUCCCUUCAUUUUACCUUCAUUACAUUCAGGUUAAGAACCCGUGGCCUAAUGUCGAUGCCCACAGUGGAGUAUUGUUGAACUACUACGGUCUAACAGAGGCCAGGUACUACACCGUUCUGUUUGGUGUCUCGAGGAGUAUCGGAAUCUGCUCUCAGCUGAUAUGGGACCGAGCUCUCGGGUUGCCCCUCGAGAGGCCGAAGAGUGUCACGAUGGAGUGGCUUGAAAACCACUGCAAGAAAGCUGCCGCAGCCUGAUCCUUGUGAGACUCGUAAAUCGUAAUGGUUGUCCACGACAGUAGGCUACAGAACACACGGUUGGUCGCCGGUGAUGGUGUGUAGUGAAAACCAGGGCUGGUUGGAUAUUUUCGUGCUCUCAGUAUUUGAUUCACAUUAUUGUUUCCUUGCCAUCAAAGGGUUUUUUUGCUGUCAAUAAAUCUGUAUUCCUUAUUUCCUUUUCCAGUUUUUUGUGAAGAGUGUAGAAACCUAGAGCAGAACCACUUCCGGCGUGUGCCCCCUUUUGAAUAAACAAGUUAAAGGUAGCUCAAGUUUUAUAGCCUGGUUAAAUCUUUUUGCUUAAUGUUAAGUUCUUAAAAAUAAGUUGCAGAAGCAGUAAAUCUUCUGCAGAUGGUAGUUACUUUUUUCUUUGGUGAUAAUUUGGUUGUGUUAGUUAUGGCAUUUACGGGAAAUGAGAAUGGGGAAAAAAUAUGACAUUCGAUAAAAUUGCAACAAAUAGUGAAAAAUAGGAGCUUUGUGCGCAAAUAAAUAAUUAAACCAAUUGUAUAAGUUGUUUUUGUCGUCAUCUAAACAAUUUUUGUAAUUUAGUUUGUGUUAAUUUUAUUACACCUACAUCAAUGAAAUU